AUGGAAGACCUCAACUUGGACUGGUCGUUCGACUGCGCCAGUGACAGCGCAACAGCUGAACGAUAUAACCAUGUCGCCGACCAUCCUACCCUGGUAGCCCAGCAGGCAGACCAGCCCAGCAAUGACGAUGUUUUAUCACUCUUGCGCCUUAGUGAUUGGGACCGCAACAAAGAGUAUAACAAAACUAACCUUGAAUGUAUUCAGUACGACCUUAUGUGGAAGGUAUCCAAAUGUCAGAAUAUCAGAGCGCAGUGUGCUUUUCAAGAUACAGAUCCAGAUCUCGUCCUAGCCCCGAGCGACCUCUGGAGCGACAGCCUUGAAGCACAAGUCAGAGCUAUCUUGAACGACGAUAAGACCUUUCCAGGUGAUUUAUACGUAUGCGAAAAAACGAUUAUCAACAUCUCCAUUAGUUCCAGCCGUCAGCGUGGCCUGAAGAAGUCAUUCAAGGGCUUAGAUAUCGAUUGGAAGCUUGUGGAUAGCCACAUGGAAGGCCUUAGUGAUCUGCUUAUAAAGCGGAAAAAGAUAACCCUGAGUAUCGAGUUCAUUUAUAGGGAGGUUACUAGCGAGUCUACGACUGUAAAGGGCAAAAACAAGGCGCGCAGCGCUACCGCGAAACAAAAACUUCAGAGAGACGCCGAAGCUGGUCUUUGGGCUCGAAUCUACGAAAAGUAUCGUUGUCGAGGCGAGAAUUGCAGGAAAGGACCACACUGCUGGCCGGACGGACGAGGAUAUCACCAUGCGCUGCUGCCGAAGCACCUCGAACCGAUCGCCGAAUACAUUAAAGGGACAAUGAAGGAAGGGGAAACAGAGGAGGAUGUCAAUAUUGAUGUUGAGAUCCCAUCAAGAAUCCUUGGCGAAGUACUUAGUGACAGCCGCAAGCGGAAGGCAGAGGACUCUGCCGACUGCCGCAGCUGUAAAGCCUAUGGGAGGCAUCGUGAUGCUGGUUGGGACCUUGGGGAUGUGGUGGGGGAUAGAAAGGAGAAACUAGAAGAAUAUUGCAGCUGGUCCUUGCAACAAGUUGAGAACGACGAGUGGAGAGCGGCGCUGCAGGUUGCGAUUACCUGGUCGUUGCAUGAAUACCUAGACCUGAAUACUAUCAAACAGCACCCGAAGGACACUGCUGCUUUGAUGGUUGCUGGCGGGGUGAAGGCGGGCAUUGCCUGGCAAUUUGUGAGCAACGUUAGAGUGUUUCAACAAGAGACAAGGAAGUCUUAG